UGUCUGUCACUGCCCUGCGGGGGGUCCCCGGAGGCCACCGUCGCCGCGCGGGCCCGAGAGCGCCAUGCCAUGGAGGCCUUGGACCCUGACCCCCGGAGAUGCUCAGCGGACCAGAACCGGAAGCCGGCCUGAGCCUGGGGGUGACCAACAAACUCCUGGAUCAAAGGGGGCCUUUGGGUUUCAGCAUCCUGUAAGACUUUAUUUACCUAUUUCGAAGCGUCAGGAAUAUCUGCAGAGUUCUGGGGAAAAGGUACUGGCCAGUUUCCCGGUGCAAGCCACGAUUCAUUUCUACAACGACGACUCGGACUCGGAGGAUGCAGAGCACGAGGAGGAAGCCCGACCCUCCGACCUUCAGUGCCGCGAGGCGGAAGGCCCGGAGGACAAUGGCCCAGGAGGACAGGGCCGAGGCUGGCUGACACACCCAGAACAGGGAUCUGGAGGACAGGGUGGGCAUGAUGGUAAGGGUCUGCUCCCCGGGUGUCACUCUCCAGGGAGUGCCCUAUGCUCCUCAUCCAAAUAAGUGGGGUCUCCCUCCCACGCCCGACCUGCCUCACACGCAAUUCAGAACAGCUGUGCCUGGACACUCUGCACUGCCCUGGGUAUACCGGGGACGGGGGCUGCUGUGACUGUCUCUGGCCAGCACUCCACUCACGGCAAGACCUCAGCUUUCACUUUUCCUUCUGGCGAUCCUGGUUCAGGGCACUCACACCUACCGUUGAGAAAGGAUUCCAGGGCCAAGAGAAGGUUUGUGUCAACAUGGUUCUUAUCUGGUAGGGCCAACUUUCCAAGCACAUUUCAACACUGUCACUCCGCUGAUCAAAUGACAGAUUACUCCCAUAGAGAAUAAUAACCCACCCGUGCCUCUCACUUAAUCCGAGGCUCAUUAUUUAGCUAUGUCUGCUUUUGUAACAAUGAUUUAGAUAUUGUCCAAGGGUCUAUGGGGGUUGCUUCGUGGCAUUCUGAAACAAAUUAUUUAUGAAAAACAAAUAAAACACAAUAAUUUCUGUAGGAAUAAUAGAAAUAAAAAGAUGGAUUUUUAGGGGAUAAAAAUGUAUAUGACUGUUGUCUAAGGGCUAUGUAUACGAAUAGAGAGAAAAGCUUGAACUCUUAAGUUGGGGACUGCUUUGGGCUUGUUACUUGAAUAACACUGUUUUCUAUCAAAGCAUCUAAUGGAAAAUUAUUUUCACUUUUUUAAUAGUUGAAUGACCAAAUAUAUGUUCCCCUCAAGGUUUUUUACUUAACUGUCUUACGUGGUUGUCUUCCUAUAUACAGUACAUUAUGUAAGUUUCUACUUGAAAUAAAUAUUUUGAAAGAAAAAA